GCAGCCCACUUGAAUCUUAGGCUCGCUCGCAAGGACCGACCCACGCCGCCGCUCCCUGCCUGCCUCCCUGCCGGUUCCCCUUCCAGCCUGGUGCUCGCCGGCCGCCGGCCUCCUGCAGCUCGACUUCUCCUGCAGGGCUCCAGGCUCUGCCGGCUGCCGCCCUCCCGUAGCCCGGUGCCCUCCGGCCGUCUUCGGGCCCCCUUCUGCUCGCCCUCCCGCAGCCUCGUGCGCCGGUGCCUGCCGACCGCAGCAAGAGGGGUCACCACAGCCGCUAUCCAGUACAUCAUUAUAUAUUUCGCGACUCACGAAUCUCAAAGGAAUCAACGGGGGCCAUGGCCAUGGCUGUGGAGGCGCGUCUCCGGCAGGAGAAGGUGAAGAAGUUUGAAGAUUUCGUUGACCGGCGGCUCAAGCCUGACCUCGUGAACGCCAUAGCCCAGCGCGAUAACUUGUUCCAGCAGCAGAAGACAUUCUUGGAUUUGAAGAAGAACAUCGAAAAUUUGGAAAAGAAUGGUGUAACGAGCAUGCGAUCCAUGGUCAAUCUUGGCUCAGAGGUGUACAUGCAGGCAGAAGUGCCGGACACGAGGCACAUCUUUGUGGAUAUUGGUCUAGGUUUUCAUGUGGAGUUUACUUGGCAAGAGGCUUUGCAGUUUAUAUCUGUAAGAGAAGCAAGGUUGGGCAGACAAAUAGACGAGUACACACACCUGAUAGCGAGCAUAAAAGCACAGAUCAAGUUGGUGUGUGAAGGCAUCCGCGAACUCCUGCAGUUACCGGCAGAGUGAGCGGCCGGGAUCAAACUAGCGGCAGAGAGACGCUUACACACCAAACUUGCGGCAGAGAGAUAGAGAUGCUUGGUAGAGGGGUAUGAUGUAUCUUGCCAUGGAAUUUUUUUAAGAUUCUUGCGACAAGCUGUAUGCCAACGAUGCAGCUCUCUCAAGUAGUCCCACUGCUGACUAGGCGGCAUUCAGCAUUCUGUAAACUAAAUAUAGAUAAAAAGAAGUGGCAAAUGGGAAUACUGUGAUCAAUGGACUGUUGUUUACAUUCCGUGAAGCUUGUUGCACAUCAUCAAGUGCCUACACUUGAUGUGAGUUGUCAUUUGCAAACUGAAUUUUCAGAUGAUUGGCAGCAAAUGCAAUGUCUUGGGAAAUGAUA